AUGAGAAGAGGAAGCAAAUUAAGGGAUGAUGAUGAUCAGCUUUCACCAUCAUCCUCAUCCUCACCAGCAACUUCACCAUCUUCUCCCUCAUCACCGCUUAGUCCGGCUGAGCUUCCAACUCCUGAAACUCACUUGCUUCAAACAGUGAUCUUUCCUGCUGAACAAAUUCCAGCAAUGCCAUCAUCAGAUCAAAGCAGUGUCAAGACAAUUGCUGCCACUGCUGCAAUUACUCUACUUCUUGCUGGAGUGGCGUUCUUAUUCUUCCAUCGAAUUGCUAAACAUCUCAAGAAAACUAAAACCAUCUCAAGCUUUCGUCGAGAGGAAGCGACACUCACUUAUGAAGACUUCAAGAAGUUUAAAGGAAAAGUAAAAGGUUUGAUUGUUGAUGAAAAUGGACAAGAUGUCCUGUAUGUGAAGAGACUAGAAGAUGGGCAACUUAAAGCUACUUUACCAAAGAUUGUGUUCAAUCCUAGUUAUGAAGUAGAAGAUGACGAAGAAAAGAGAGUGGACGUAGUGAGAAAACCAAAACCAAGGGAAGUAUUACUCCAUGAGCCAUCUGAUUUGUCUCCUCCUCCAGCCACUACAACUGGAAAAGUUUCAGCAACACCGCCGCCACCUCCUCCUCCUCCUCCUCCUCCUCCUCCUCCUCCUCCCCCUCCCCCUCCCCCUCCUCCCCCUGCUCCCCCUCUGCUUGCUUGUCCACCAGUGCCGCCACCACCACCAAUACCAGUAAAAAGAAAUCCUGCGUCACUUCCAACACCCAAGGGACUUACUUCGAUUUCAUCAUUGAAACCUCCACCUGUACCUAGACGGAAUGCAGAUAAGAGUAAGGAAGGAGCUGCUGCAGCGGAGAACUCAAAAAGGACUGUUGUUGGCCAGAAGAAGCUGAAACCAUUGCACUGGGACAAGGUCUUAACAAAUGUUGAUCAUUCAAUGGUCUGGAAUGAGAUCAAGGAUGGAUCUCUCAGAUUUGAUGAUGAAAUGAUUGAAAAUCUAUUUGGAUACACCACCGCCAAUCGCAGAACCCCUGGAAGCACAAAUAUGUCCAUCGGUUCAAGCCCUGCAACCCCUCCCCAAAUUUUUAUCCUUGAUCCCCGCAAGUCCCAGAAUACAGCCAUUGUACUAAGAUCUCUAGCAAUCUCCCGUAAAGAAAUCACUGAGGCCCUCCUUGAGGGUCAGGGACUUACCAGUGACACUUUAGAAAAACUUACCAAAAUUUCUCCAAGCCAGGAAGAAGCAGCAAAAAUCCUCCAAUUCAACGGCAACCCAACUAAACUUGCAGAUGCGGAGUCUUUCCUUUUCCACAUCUUGAAAGCUGUUCCUUCGGCAUUCAUUCGUAUUAAUGCAAUGCUUUUCAGAUCAAGUUAUGAUUCAGAAAUUCUUCACCUAAAAGAGUCCUUGCAAGCUCUUGAAUUGGGAUGUAAGGAGCUUAGAACCCGAGGGCUCUUCCUAAAACUUCUGGAAGCCAUUCUUAAGGCUGGUAAUAAGAUGAAUGCCGGAACCUCCAGGGGAGAUGCACAAGGUUUCAACUUAACUGCCCUUCGCAAGCUUUCUGAUGUUAAAAGCACCGAUGGGAAAACUACUCUACUCCACGUUGUUGUGGAACAAGUGAUCCGAUCAGAGGGUAAACACUGUGUAAUAAAUCGGAACCAUAGCCUUGGAAGAAGUAAUACUCAAAGAAGCAUAAAUAGUGAUUUAAAUACAGAUAGCUUCGCAGCAGAGGACAAAGACAAAGUGUACCUUGAAUUAGGAUUGCCAGCAGUAAGAAGCUUAAGUAUUGAGUUCUCAAAUGUAAAGAAGGCAGCCACAAUAGAAUAUGACCCUUUCAUCAAUACAUGCUCCUCUCUCACAUCCCAUGUUGCAGAAAUUCGGCAGCUAGUGACACGCUGUGCCAAUGGUGAGAAAGGUGGGUUUCUACGCGCAAUGAAAGAGUUUCUAGAGGAGUGUGAAGAGGAACUUAUGGUGGUUAGAGAGGAGCAGAUAAGGGUUAUGGAGCUUGUGAAGCGAACAACAGAAUAUUAUCAAGCAGGAGGUGCCAAAGAUAAAUGGGCACACCCCAUUCAACUUUUUGGAAUAGUUAAAGAUUUUCUUGACAUGGUUGAUAGAGUUUGCACCGAUAUCACUCAGAAUUUACAGAGGAAGAAUGUGACGAGUGCAAUAUCGUCGACGUCACCAUCAUUUUCAUCAGCAGCAAGAACUCCGGCUACAUUCCCAAACUUCCGUUCACAAUUCAUGUCAAAUAUAGCUGAGACAAAAUCUUCCAGUGAAUCAGAUGACAGCUUUUGAAGAAGAUCUGUUUUAAUUCUGUGUUAAAAUUAGAAACCCUAGAAAUAAACAUAAUGAUUCUCAGUC